AUGGUCUCUUUCACGCCCACCGACCGAGUCCUCGUCACGGGUGCCAAUGGCUACCUCGGCUCGACGAUUGUCAAGCAGCUGCUGAGCCGCGGCGUCCAUACGCGAGCUUCGGUGCGCUCUUCAGCUUCCGCUGAAGGGCUCAAAGCCGCUUUCCCCGACCAUCCCUUGCUGGAAAUCGUCUUUGUGCCAAGCCUGACAGAGGAAGGCGCCUUUGUUUCUGCGCUCAAAGACGUGACAUACGCCAUUCACACGGCCUCGCCACUGACCGAUCACUACACUGGCAAUGCGGACCGGGAUCUCUUUCAGCCAGCACUCAAGGGCACGACGACGAUUCUGAAGGACGGUCUUUCGAGUCCCACGCUCAAGAAGGUCGUCGUCACAAGCAGCAUCGCAGCGCUGCGCAACGAGGGCGAGCGAGUCUGGACAGAAGAGACGUGGAACCCUGUGACGCGCGAAGUGGCCCUGGAGCUCGAGCGCAAUGCGAGCGGCGACCCCGCCACACCGUUGCGGAUCUAUGGUGCUUCCAAGACAUUUGCCGAAAAGGCCGCGUGGGAUUGGUACGGGGCUGCCAAGCCGUCGUUUGCGCUCACGACGGUGCUUCCAAACUUUCUCGUGGGCGAGGCUGCGCUCCGCGAGGACAGCAUCAAGAGUCCCACCGCCCAGCUGCUCUGGGAUGCCCUAGUCAGCAAGGGAAGAGCACCGUCGAUGAGCGGCCGCUCUGGCUAUGUCGACGUCCGUGACGUGGCCAAAAUUCACAUUGAUGCGCUGCUCGAGCAGACCACCGAUUCCAAGCGGCUCUUGGCCGUCGGCGACGCGGCGACCAACUUCGAGGUGAAAAAGGUCGCACACAACCUCAGGCCAAAUCUGUUUGGCAGCGUCGAGGGAGAAGAUCCCGAGGCGCAAGAGAAGAAGAGUUGGCCGCAGGUGGAGAAGAAUCAAUUUGCCAAGGACCGCAUCAGGCCGUUCGAGGAGAUCUUGGCCGAAUUCAUCGACUAUGUAACGGAGAACAAGCUGGCGGCUCUUUAG